AUGUGGUGUAGUCGUAGCCAGCGGUCCACACGUGGCCUUAUAGCUGCCUGCGACGGGUCCACACGUGGUCUUAUAGCUGCUUGCGACGGCUCCACACGUGGUCUUAUAGCUGCUUGCGACGGCUCCACACGUGGCCUUAUAGCUGCCUGCGACGGCUCCACACGUGGUCUUAUAGCUGCUUGCGACGGCUCCACACGUGGUCUUAUAGCUGCUUGCGACGGCUCCACACGUGGCCUUAUAGCUGCCUGCGACGGCUCCACACGUGGUCUUAUAGCUGCUUGCGACGGCUCCACACGUGGUCUUAUAGCUGCUUGCGACGGCUCCACACGUGGCCUUAUAGCUGCCUGCGACGGCUCCACACGUGGUCUUAUAGCUGCUUGCGACGGCUCCACACGUGGCCUUAUAGCUGCCUGCGACGGGUCCACACGUGGUCUUAGCUGCUUGCGGCGGGUCCACACGUGCUGCCAAGAUGGCUACGAGGUCACAACCGAGAGAGCCAACGGGGCUACUACCACAGCUGGGAGAGCCAACGAGGCUACUACCACAGCUGGGAGAGCCAACGAGGCUACUACCACAGUUGAGAGAGCCAACGAGGCUACUACCACAGCUGGGAGAGCCAACGAGGCUACUACCACAGCUGUGAGAGCCAACGAGACUACUACCACAGCUGGGAGAGCCAACGGGGCUACUACCACACCUGGGAGAGCCAACGAGGCUACUACCACAGCUGGGAGAGCCAACGAGGCUACUACCACAGCUGAGAGAACCAACGAGGCUACUACCAUAGCUGGGAGAGCCAACGAGGCUACUACCACAGCUGAGAGAGCCAACGAGGCUACUACCACAGCUGGGAGAGCCAACGAGGCUACUACCACAGCUGAGAGAGCCAACGGGGCUACUACCACAGCUGUGAGAGCCAACGAGGCUACUACCACAGCUGGGAGAGCCAACGAGGCUACUACCACAGCUGUGAGAGCCAACGAGGCUACUACCACAGCUGGGAGAGCCAACGGCUCUACUACCACAGCUGGGAGAGCCAACGGGGCUAGUACCACAGCUGUGAGAGCCAACGAGGCUACUACCACAGCUGUGAGAGCCAACGAGGCUACUACCACAGCUGUGAGAGCCAACGAGGCUACUACCACAGCUGGGAGAGCCAACGAGGCUACUACCACAGCUGGGAGAGCCAACGGCUCUACUACCACAGCUGUGAGAGCCAACGAGGCUACUACCACAGCUGUGAGAGCCAACGAGACUACUACCCACAGCUGUGAGAGCCACGAGGCUACUACCACAGCUGAGAGAGCCAACGAGGCUACUACCACAGCUGGGAGAGCCAACGAGGCUACUACCACAGCUGUGAGAGCCAACGAGGCUACUACCACAGCUGUGAGAGCCAACGAGGCUACUACCACAGCUGGGAGAGCCAACGGGGCUACUACCACAGCUGUGAGAGCCAACGAGGCUACUACCACAGCUGAGAGAGCCAACGAGGCUACUACCACAGCUGGGAGAGCCAACGAGGCUACUACCACAGCUGUGAGAGCCAACGGGGCUACUACCACAGCUGUGAGAGCCAACGGCUCUACUACCACAGCUGGGAGAGCCAACGAGACUACUACCACAGCUGGGAGAGCCAGAGCCACCACGAGGCUACUACCACAGCUGUGA